CCUCGCAGAGCACGAUGGCCGCUGAGAGACUGUUCUUGCUGCUGCUGCUCGCCGGCCCGGUACUCACCCGGAGGUACCCCAGCUUCAGGCUGAGACGGCGGUACAGCGAGCAGCACCAGCAGCAGGUCCCAGACGUGCGGGGCGCUGUCGGCGAGAGGUUGAUCCUCACCGGCUACCUGGGGGAAGGGAGGCUGGAGGAGGCCAGGAACCUCUCCAGGGUGACGGGAGGACCCUUCCCAGAGGACAUCCCCAGCUACUCGGGGUUCUUCACCGUCAACAGCGAGUACGACUCCAACAUCUUCUUCUGGUUCUUCCCUGCUGAGCAUGACUACGAGAAUGCCCCUGUCCUUCUGUGGCUCCAAGGAGGCCCUGGUUCUUCAUCCAUGUUUGGCCUCUUCACGGAGAUGGGUCCAUUCUUCGUGGCCAAUGACAGCCGCACUCUUGUCAAGAAUCCUUAUUCUUGGCACAAGAACCACUCGCUCAUUUUCAUCGACAAUCCUGUUGGAACAGGGUUCAGCUACACCGGGAACUACCUCGGCUACACGAAAAACGAAGAAGAUGUCGGCCGGGACCUGUACAGCGCUAUGCUGCAGUUCUUCACUUUGUUCCCGGAGCUGCAGGAUCACGAGUUCUUCAUCUCCGGGGAGUCUUAUGCUGGUAAAUACAUCCCAGCUCUCGGCCAUGCUAUCCACAUGAACAACCCAACUGCAAGUCUUCAGAUAAAUCUGAAAGGUAUGGCGAUAGGAGACGGCUACGUGGACCCAGUGAACAUGAUACGCUACAGCGACAUAGUGUACCAGUGGGGUCUGGUCGACAACUCCACGUGGAGGCGCAUGCAAGAACAAGAAGACUCUGCUCUGCAUUUGGUUGCCGCGGGGGAGUUCGUUGCUGCAAAUGAUGCGUCCAACGAAGCCAUCGAUAUUUACCAAAAGGCUUCUAGCGCAAGUGCGUACAACAUCCUCGAAGCCUCCGGCGAGUCAGAAGAGAGCUACGUGGAGUUCCUGAACGGAGCGAGUGUGCGCUCGGCCCUGCACGUGGGCAACCAGACCUUCAUGGACGACGGCGUGGCUUCCUACGACCACCUGGAGGCGGACAUCAUGCAGUCCGUCAGCCCGUGGGUGGAGCGGCUCCUGGACAGCGGCUACCGGGUCGUCUUCUACAACGGCCAGCUGGACGUGAUCUGCGGCUACGCGCUCACCGUCAAGAUGGCGGAGGCGCUGAGCUUCGGCGCGGCGGGCGAGUACAAGAUGGCGCCCAGGAGGACGUGGCGCGCGCACGGCCGAGUGGCCGGGUACGUGAAGACGGCCGGCAACAUGUCGGAGGUGCUGGUGCGCAGCGCUGGUCACAUGGUGCCCAGCGACCAGCCGGCGGCCGCCUUCGACCUCAUCUACAAGGUCACCCGGAACCAGCUGUAGCCCGCCCGGCCAGACAUAACCUCAAACACAGCUUGGGUUUACUUCUCGCAGCAGCUAAUCUGUUGGGCUAUGCUCGAGUGCGUCUCUCGCAUCAACCGUGUAAGCACAAUAUGUGGUAUAUCAUGUAACUGAAUUUUUCUAUGUCAAUAGGUUGAGUUUAUAAUUUAAAAUUAUUGUACUUUACAAACUAUAAAAAAAAUUCUUAUACACACUUCAAGACGGGAAAAUGUUUAAUUUAUAAAUUUUCCUUUAUAUACUUUUCAAUCUGCUUACAUAUGAUCGUUAAAGUGUUUUUUUAUUGUGACCUGUCUCCGAUGUAGUGCCGAUAGUUUACUUUUCCAAUGACACUGCAGAUCAACACAUGAAGUUUGCUUACGAACAUUGGAAAUUCUUUACAAGCACUGUUGGUAAAAUAACAGCGGCGGAAGGAUACGCAUAUUAACUAACAUUCUCAAUGGGACCUUUUUUUUAACAUAGUUAAAAUUGGCUAACUAAUUACCUAAAUCAGGGACGUGCCAGAGGGAGAUUCAUGGGGUAGUACCCUCCCCUCCAGGAUUAAAAAAAUGAAGACAGGGUAAGAAAAUUAAUAGCUACAUAAUGUUACAGAAAAAUUAAUUUUGAAGGAUUUUUGUAAUCCUCAGUAGGCUACAAUAAUGUAUUUUCUCCCCCAUUAUAGCCCGACAUGCCUCAUACACAAAAUCAGCAGGAAUUAUGUUUCCAAGACAAGAAGUCUGUGUGUAAUACCAGUUUACAUACGUUUUACUCUAUAAGCAUGUUUUUCAUACAUACUUGACAUGUGUGUUUCUUGUAUUUAAUAACAUUAAUACAUUUAUGUAUUGAUGAAUGGUUUUAAAGAAAUAAUAGAACACUGUAUCGAAGAACAAAGUAUUUAAGACAAUUAAAUAAAAAACAAA